AUGUCUAGCACGCUUCCUUUUCGAAUACGGCCUAUAACCUCAAGAUAUCGGAAUAAUGUGUUCAUCCAAAGUCGAAGCGCUGCAACCUCUGGUGCAAAGAAAAGAGAUACAGCACACUGGACUCCAGAGAAACUACGGGUGAAUCCCAAAUAUCCUUUGGCACAAGAUUUAUAUGAAACGACUCGCCCCGCAUAUUAUGUGCGGACUAAUACAAGAGGGUAUGCUGUUCAUAUGAGAUCGCAGAUUGUAAGUCCCGACCUAUGCGAUGAUGUCCUCAAAUACAUAGGGCCCUCGUUAGAGAAGCACAAAGGAUGUGACAUACUUGAUUUAAACCCUGGUGCUGGGCUUUGGUCAUCCAAGCUGCACGACUUCCUCCAGCCGCGAAGCCAUAUCCUGCUCGAGUCCCAGCCGGACAAGUACGAGCGAUUCCUCCGACGCUUGGCAGAUAAACCAGACUCGACGUACAAACUGGUUGUCGGAGAUGCUGCACAGCACGACACUAUCAGGAACUUGGUUAAGGAGGGGAUCUUUCCGUAUCAGACACUAAAAACGCGCGACAGCGCUCUCCGACAAGAACUGAAUAAUUCACUACUGGUAACUGGGACAUUUAUAUGGGAUCCCACACUGCCUAGUUUCGGCUUCUCCUCUCUCGGUCGGCAGUUGAUUCAGCACUACGCCAUGCACGCUUGGCAAGCCGACACUUUCCACGCGUUCGGUCCCGUACGAAGUCUGUUCUGGCUAGCAGAUGAAGAUCUGACCAGCUCGUUGCCAAGAUCCAUGCUGCAUUUCAGUGGAACUCACUUUCUCUUGGACAGAUUUACUAAUGCGAGGCAAGUUGUGACACCCGGCCAUUUACCCCGAAAGCAGGGAAGAAGUACCAUUGGUCGCGACGCCAGAUAUGAACUUGAGAGCCUCGUGAAAGCCAUGAAAGCCACUAAAGAAAAUGGCAUGGAGCUACCAGCUCAUCGGAGAGAAGAGAUCCACGGGUUCGCAGAAGAUAUCAUGCGAUUAACAAACGGAACUGGUAUUAUGAGCUCGACCGAAACUACCAAUUAUCUGAAAGAGGCAGAGCUAAGCGGGAAAUCCACGCAAGGAUUGUUAUUCGAGGGCGCAAGGGAAGUAUACAAAGUCGACAAGGCUCAAGAAACAAACCCAGAGCUGUUCUGGGACCGGGAGGCGAUGGGCGGCAAAAACCGUCUUGUUGUCACGAAGGAAGGGAAAAAAAUUGCACGAGAUCGGUCUUCGGCGAAUCAAAACGAAGUAUACAGAGUGGCACGUGAGAAAGCCGUCGACAUCGGGGAGGAUAUCUACCACCUCGAAUGCAAUUUCCUAAAGGCUACAAGCAAAAAAGCGAAAGCCUCCACCCGGGAGAAGCUUGAUCAACGAAACGCCGAGUUCAAGGAGGCGCUUGACGCCAUUUCUAAGACCAUACAGCCAGCUGUCUACAUGGAUCUCGACGAUAGGUUAGCCAUCAGAUCUCCAGUUUCUAGGCUCAUGUGGGACAGCCGACCGUACGAGCCCCUCGUCGUCCAAGACGACGAAGUCUGGCCACCGCACCGCUUCGCGCUUGUCGAUUUUGAGCCCAAAAUGAGACCAGUGGGCUAUGAUAAUGAGCAUACCGAACCCUUAAUAGACUUUGCGAACGCACUGUUGCGGUACCACAAUGAACCGCUUCCUGACGCAUUAGAGCAUUUGUCCCAUGGCGGGUCGGAGCUGAUAGACCAGGUUCCGGCAUUGAAGGAUCCUGCGAGAGGAGGGAGGUUGGAUAUGAAGCAUCUGCGAGUACGGAUGUUGACGCCGGAGAUGAUUGAUGGGCUUUGUAGGGCAUGGAGGGAGUGGCCGUUUAAACCGCCGGGAAGCGAUAGUCCAAGAUAUUUUCAGGUUAGUCUUGGGGGGAGGAAUAAGGUGUUGAAUGGAUGA